CACACCCUCUCACAUCAUCAAGGUCCGGCGUACCUGUGCAGGCUGGGGGGGGGCAGUGAGGGAGGUGUUUGGUGCCGUUGUCUCUGAGGAAACUGGGCUGGUAUUUUGGGGCAGAAGCAAGUCUCAGUUGUCGUUUAUUUCUUCUUCCGCUCAUUCCUGGAAUGCUAAAUCUGGACUGAUGGACAUUUCAGAACUUUGUCUACCAGACCCUCUCAGCUAUCAUAACCAGGCUUCGUUGUCCAAUUCAUUAGGGCGAUUACUCAGUCCCCUGGCCACACUGGAGCCUUCCCAUUUCUGGUUACUGAAUAGGAUGGCUGCUGAUGAACGUCACCUGCCAUCCAGCUGUGGGUCCUACAUCAAGACAGAGCCGUCCAGCCCCUCGUCAGUCAUCGACACGGUCAGCCACCACAGCCCCAGCGGUAACUCAGACGCCAGCGGCGGCUAUGUCAGCACCAUGAACAGCCACUCCAACGGCCUGGACUCCCCCCCCAUGUUCACGCCCGGCGGGCUGGGCCCGGGCGCCUGCCGCAAGCGCUACGACGACUGCUCCAGCACCAUCAUGGAGGACUCGCCCAUUAAGUGCGAAUACAUGUUGAACUCCAUCCCCAAGAGGCUGUGCCUGGUCUGUGGAGAUAUAGCGUCGGGGUAUCACUACGGAGUGGCCUCCUGUGAGGCCUGCAAAGCCUUCUUUAAAAGGACGAUACAAGGAAACAUAGAGUACAGCUGUCCCGCCACCAACGAGUGUGAGAUCACGAAACGGAGACGCAAGUCGUGUCAAGCCUGCCGCUUCAUGAAGUGUCUGAAAGUGGGGAUGCUGAAGGAAGGAGUGCGACUGGACCGGGUACGAGGGGGCAGACAGAAGUACAAGAGGAGGAUGGAUGCAGAGAACACUGCGUACCUGGGGCUGACCCUCCCUCCACCUGCCAAGAAGCCCCUCACCAAAAUCGUGUCCCACCUGCUGGUGGCCGAGCCAGAGAAGAUCUACGCCAUGCCCGACCCCACCAUGCCCGAGAGCGACAUCAAGGCCCUCACCACGCUGUGUGACCUGGCAGACAGAGAGCUGGUGGUCAUCAUCGGCUGGGCCAAGCACAUCCCAGGGUUCUCCAGCUUGUCUCUCGGAGACCAGAUGAGUCUACUGCAGAGCGCCUGGAUGGAGAUCCUGGUUCUGAGCAUCGUGUUCCGCUCGCUGCCCUACGAGGACGAGCUGGUGUACGCCGAAGACUACAUCAUGGACGAGGAGCACUCACGCCUCACCGGCCUCCUCGACCUGUACGGAUCCAUCCUGCAGCUCGUACGCAAGUACAAGAAGCUGAAGGUGGAGAAGGAGGAGUUCGUCACCCUGAAGGCCAUCGCUCUUGCUAACUCAGACUCCAUGCACAUAGAGGACGUGGAGGCUGUUCAGAAGCUCCAGGACGCUCUCCACGAGGCCCUGCAGGACUAUGAGACGACCCAGCACCAGGAGGACCCUCGGCGGGCAGGAAAGCUGCUCAUGACCCUCCCCCUCCUCCGCCAGACGGCCACCAAGGCCGUGCAGCACUUCUACAGCAUCAAGGUGCAGGGCAAGGUGCCCAUGCACAAACUGUUCCUGGAGAUGCUCGAGGCCAAGGUCUGAUUGGAGGAGCCGGUUGCCCCGGCGAUAGCCACGGCGACGGCCGGAGGCUGACAGAGACUGGAUGAACUCAGGAGAGGAAUGAGGGAGACUGUGACUGACAGGCAGGACGGAGACACAGCCCCCUCCCAGUCCUCCCCCCCCCCCCCCCCCCCCCCUCCGGGAAUCCUGAGAAGAAAAAAAAAGCAAAAAUGCAAAACUUGAUUAUAAGUAUAAAUAUAAAAUGAUGCAGAUUAAUUUAAAAUAUAUAAGAAAUCCUAUGUACAGUGAUAAUUUUAUUGUUUUUGUUUUAUGGUCUGUGGUCAUACUGUAAAAUGAAAAUGGAUCCCUCAUUCUUACUGAUAUCUUCAGAUUGAAUAAUUGCAGGUUCUUGACUAACAAGAAAGUUGGUUUUCUUUCUCUGAGCAUCUCAAAGUGAGGUCCCUGUUUGUGUGACGACAGAAAUGUCAGCCACCAUGAACACUCUCUUGUUAAACAGUUGUGUUGAAUCCUGGACUUUUCCAGGACUUGUAUAUAUUUAUUACUGGAAGGACUGAGUGGACAGUUCAAAGUCUGGUGAACUUGUGGCCAUUUUCUCUUGUUCUGUUCCUCUGAGGUUAAGAAAAAAAACACACAAAAGAAUACAAAAAAAUAAACUGAAUCUGUUAUCUAAAUGUGAGCUCUAUCGAUCUAAAUGUCCUUGAAUAUACCUCUUCAGAGCGGCGAGCCAUGUGAUUUGUCUCAGCUCAGACAGGAAGGCAACUUGGUCCCAUGUUUAACCAAACUAGCAUAGGCAGGUAGUUAGUGGUUGUAAUCUGUAGUAACACAGCAAUAACAGGAGCCGUUAGCCAGCCGCGCUAACACCUCCUCCUCUUCUUCUCUGCUCCUCAACGCUGCUGUCGCUAAAGGACCACGCCAGCUCCUUCGUUGCACUGUAGAUCCCCUCCUUUGUUGUUAUUUGUUGUUGUUGUUGUCGAUGAUGUUGUUGACGUCAGCCCCCCCCCCCCCCCCCCCCCC